AUGGCAGAAACACUCAGCCAGCAGAAGGAGCUCAACAUCAAAGACUAUGCUAAGGAUGACCAUGUUGAAAUUGGCACCGGCACUGUCCAUCCAGUUAUGAAGGUGUACGGAGAUUCUGAACAAAUUGAGUAUACGGCCGAGGAGAACAAACGCGUCAAGAGAAAGAUUGAUUUCGUCUUGUUGCCGCUCAUGUGUACUUGUUACAUUUUUUCUUUUCUCGACAAGUCACUUCUCAACUAUGCAUCCAUCUUCGGCAUCAAAGAAGCAUUGCAUCUCGAAGGAUCCAACUACAGUUGGCUAGGGAGUAUUUUUUACUUCGGCUACAUGCUCGGCUCCGUGGUCUGGUCAAAGCUUGUGCACCGCUGGCCUGGACACGCCGGCAAGUUUAUCUCGGGUGCUGUUUGCGUAUGGUCAAUCAUUGUGCUCCUUACUCCUCUGUGCUUCAACUUUUCUGGCAUCAUGGUCGUACGCUUUUUCCUUGGCUUCAUGGAGAGCAUUAUUGGAGCUGUCUUCGUAAUUGUCACAAGCAAUUGGUGGACCAGACCUGAGCAAGCUUUCAGAACUGCAUUCUGGCUUGGCGGUACUCCAAUUGGAAAUUUCCUCGGUGGUAUCCUCAGCUAUGCAGUUGGGUCUAUUCACGGCUCGAUCCCGACAUGGAAGAUCUUCUUUCUCUUCUUCGGAUCUUUCAGCUUUGUCUUUUCGUUGAUUCUCAUGUACUUCAUGCCAGAUCACCAAGGUAACGCUAAGUGGUUAAAUGAGCGUGAGAAGAAGAUUGCGAUUGAAAGAGUCAGGGAGAACCAGACCGUCACAUCCGACGAUCGAUGGAAAUGGCCACAGUUCUGGGAAGCCUUGCGAGAUCCUCAAACCACACUUUUCUUUGUCACUGCGAUGGGUAACACGAUGCCAUCGACUUUCGCUAGCCAGUUCUCUAGCCAAAUCGUCAAAGGAUUCGGUUUUACAACUCUUCAGACGACAAUAAUCUCUACAUGCCCUGCAGCUGUCAUACAACUUGGGACGUUUCUCGGUCUCUCCUACUUGGCUUCCCGUCGCAAUAAUAUCCGUCUUUACCUCUCAAUCUUAGUCUCGGUACCUCCAUUGAUAGGAGCAUCACUUCUUCAUGUCCUACCCACCUCGAAUCAAGCAGGGAGACUAGCAGGAUAUUAUCUCACAUACACGCAUAGCAUGUCAUUCACUCUCAACACUGGUUUGAUGGCCUCAAACUAUGCUGGUAAUACCAAAAAGUCGACUACUUCUGGAAUCAUCUUUGCUGGCUGGGCUGCCGGCCUCAUUGCAGGCCCUCAAUUCUUUUUAGAACGCGAAGCGCCCACUUACGACAUGGCGUUUAAGAUGCUUAUGGGAUGUUACGCUCUGAUGAUUGUCAUUCCGGUCUUUCAACUCACCUGGUAUAAAUACGAAAACAAUCGUCGACAGAGGCUUGUUGAAGCUAGGAAUGUCCCUACAGUCAAUUCCGUACCAGAAUUCACUGAUAAAACUGAUUUUGAGCAGUGGGAAACUUUCCGUUACACUAUGUAAAUUGGCGACGAUAACUGGUAUUGAGCAUUGGUGGACUCUUAUAUUACGCUUUCUCUAGUCUACGUGGGCAAUGAAUUUAGUUGGAUCGCAGAAAG